GUACAUGCAUGUUGAGUUACGAAUUGGUUUUGGACCGGGAGAGAUCGUCUCGUAUACUCGUUGCAUUUAAACGAGCGCAUAUAUAAGGCGGAUGCAUAUAUGUGCAGAAUACGAGCGAGCAGUGUUAAUUUCUAAUUUUUCCUAAUUGUUCAUAAUUACGGGAAAGUUGCGUAGAAAAAAAAGGAGAAUUUAUGACGUGGCUAAAGUUCUAACCGCGCUGGAAACUCGAGGAUAAAGAUUGUUGCAUACAAUUAUUAUGGGACGGUUAACAAUUUGGUUCCUGCUGGGACUAACGUUAUUCGCCGUCUCCGAUCAUGUUGGGUUUGUCAAUGCCGAUGUCGGACCAAGCGAAUCUGAGUGUCGACCCUACAUUGACAGAGCCAUAAAUGAAUUGAAAACAGAUGGUGUCAAAGAUGGCUCUGGGGAACUGCAAUCCGAUCAGCCCCGUAGGAACAACGACGACGAUGACGAUGAUGAUGACGACGAUGAUGAGGACGCGACAAGCGCCAACGACAUAGAUGGCGAUGGCAUACCGGAUGACGAGGACGAUGAUAUCGAUGGGGAUGGUAUACCGAACGAUAAGGAUGAUGACAUCGAUGGCGAUGGCAUACCGAACGAGGAUGACGAUGACAUUGAUGGCGACGGUGUGCCCAACGAGGAUGAUGACGACAUCGAUGGCGAUGGUGUGCCCAACUCCAAGGACGAGGACAUCGACGGCGAUGGUUUAAACAAUGCCGAUGAUGAGGACAUUGAUGGCGAUGGCACAGUUAAUCAUGAGGAUGAUGAUCUCGAUGGCGAUGGCACUCUUAAUCAUGAGGAUAAUGACUUGGAUGGCGAUGGUGUGCCCAACGACGAGGAUGAGGAUAUGGACGGAGAUGGCACAGUCAAUCAUGAGGAUGAAGAUCUCGAUGGCGACGGUGUGCAGAAUGAAGAUGACGAUGACAUCGAUGGCGAUGGCAAAGUGAAUCAUGAGGACGAAGAUCUCGAUGGCGACGGCGUCAAGAACGAAAAGGAUGAGGAUUUGGAUGGCGACGGCAAAGUGAAUAUCGAGGAUGAAGACCUCGAUGGCGAUGGCGUGCCCAAUGAAAAGGACGACGAUCUGGAUGGUGAUGGAAUUCCCAAUGAACACGACAACGAUGUCGAUGGCGAUGGUGUGCCCAACGAGCACGAUGAUGAUGACAGCCAGGCUGAUGACGACGAUGAUGAUGAUGAUGACAAGGCAAAGGUCAAGAAGCGCAGCAAGCGUGAGGUUGAUGCCGCGCCAGUCAUCGACAUUGAGUCUCUGCCAAGCCCCGCCGAGGAGUUCCCCAUCGAAGAGGAAAUCGUCAAGGAGGAAUCUGUUGAGGUGGAGGCCGAACCGGAGCCAGAGCCAGAACCAGAAGUUGAGGCUCUAAAAGAGCCAGAGCCAGAGGCAGAACCAGAGCCAGAGCCAGUUGUCCAGGAGCAGUUGGUAGAGGAGAAGCCCGUCGAACAGGCUCCAGCUGAAGAGGAGUCUGCCGAGGAGGUAGCCGCAGUUCCACAGCAGCCAGAAGCUGCCAAGGAGGAUGCCGUCGAGUCUGAGGAGGCACAGGAUGAACCCCAGGCAGCUGUAGCCCAGGAAGCCGCUGACGCCGACGAUGACGAUGACGAAGAAGAUGACACCAAACCUGAGGAUGAGCUUCUUUGGGAAGGAACAAUUCCCGAGAAUCGCCGCAGUCGUCAGCACAUCACAGAGCUCCUGCUGCUCGACGAGGAGUUCAAUGCUCGCGAGAAGGCCACCGACAAUGUGGCUGAGAUUAUCCUAAAGGACAUCAAGCGCAUCUACGAGAACGCCAUCAAGCCGCUGGAGACGCUGUACAAGUACCGCGACCUGAGCAAUCGUCACUUUAGCGAUCCGGAGAUCUUCUCCAAGCCGCUGGUGCUGUUCAUGGGUCCCUGGUCCGGUGGCAAGUCCUCGAUCCUCAACUAUUUGACCGACAAUGAGUACACCCCGAACUCGCUGAGAACUGGUGCUGAACCCUCUCCGGCCUACUUCAAUAUUCUGAUGUGGGGCAAUGAGACGGAGGUUCUCGAUGGCACACAGCUGGCCGCUGACUACACGUUCUCCGGCCUGCAAAAGUUCGGCCAGGGCCUGGAGGAGCGUCUGCGCGGUCUGAAGAUGAAGAGCAAGCUGCUCGAGAAGGUCAACAUCGUCGAGAUACCCGGCAUUCUCGAGGUGCGCAAGCAGGUCUCACGCGUCUUUCCCUUCAACGAUGCCUGCCAGUGGUUCAUCGAUCGGGCAGACAUCAUCUUUCUGGUCUACGACCCAGCCAAGUUGGAUGUGGGCCCCGAGACGGAGGCGAUACUCGACCAGCUGAAGGGGCGCGAGUACCAGACGCGCAUCAUCCUCAACAAGGCGGACACCGUCCACCCGGAGGAGCUGCUGCGCGUGCAGGGUGCCCUCAUUUGGAACAUCUCGCCGCUGAUGUCGUCGGCCCAGCCGCCACUCAUGUACACCACCUCGCUGUGGACGCAUCCCUACCAGGAUGGCGCCCCGGCCCGCCUGCUGCUGGCCCAAGAGCGCGCCUUCCUGCGCGACUUGCGCACGGCCAUUGACAAGCGCAUUGAGCACAAGAUUGCCAGUGCGCGUCGAUUUGCGGUACGCGUGCGCAACCACGCCAAGAUGGUGGACUGCUAUCUGAACACCUACUUCAACCACAAGACGCUGUUUGGCAACAAGAAGCGCAUCUCGGAUGACAUCAUUGAUCAUCCGCAGAACUAUCACAUCUACGAGGGCCUCUCCACGCUGACCAACAUCUCGCGCUACGAUCUGCCCGAUCCGGAGGUGUACCGCGACUUCUUCCGCCUCAAUCCGCUGUACGAGUUCAAGAAACUCUCCGAAACGUGCACCUACUUCCGCGGUUGUCCCAUCAACAAGCUGGAUCAGGCCAUUUCCUACGAGCUGCCCGAGCUGGCUGGCAAGUACAAGAAGAUGUCCGAAGCGGCGCUGGCCAACAUUGAGUCACAGCAGCAGCAGCAACAGCAGCAACAGUUAGCGGGGGAGGGACAGGGCAAGGGACAGGCUAAUCCCAAAAAGACGAGUUGAGGUGGAGUAGAAAACCGAACCUGCCAUUUAGUUUGUUUUAAUGAGAGAUAGAGAGAAUGUGACAACGACAGCGCCACCGGUGACCGUCUAUUGAGAAUAACGAAAGAGAGAGUGGGAUGGAUAUAUGUUUAGCAGGCGUAGAGAGAGCAAGAGGACAUAUUGAGUGCCGCAAAUAUGAGAGCAGGUUUUUUUUCCUUUUGUAGAAGAACAACAGCGUAAGACAGAAGACAGAAAAGAGAGAGCAGCGGAGUAGAGAGAGCAAAUGAGAGCACUUUGAUAUUUGAAAUAGCAACGGUUGCGUAUGCGCCCAUGUUUUGGCCUUUAGUGAAUUUUAUUUAAUGAAUUUAUCAACCGAUUUGCAAUAGAGAACUUUUUAUUUUAUGAACGAUAACUUAACCGAACUGAGAGAGCCGUAUGAGAGCGACAAACCCAAUUACACAAAGAGAGCAAAUAGACACACAAACAGAGAGCACACUUUUUGGAGCAGGGAGGAGAGUUGAUGGCAAGGGGAGUCCUUAGAAUAUGUGAGAGCAGAGCAGCAAGUAACUGUUAAACUAUUAACUGAGAGCAGAGCGUACCUAAAUAUACAUAUAUCGACGAUAACUAUACCCUGUACCCUCCUAAUUGGCUAACAACCGAUUGGAAUUCAAUUCCCACUACCAGAUUUUUCUUCUUUAAUUUUUGAAGUAGUAGUAAACAACAGCGAAGUUUUGAGCACACACACACACACAGGCAAUAUUGUUAAUGUUUUUUGUUAUUUUUUUUGGUUUUAUUAGGCUUUGAGCAAACCCCCCCACGAUGUCAUAGUUGAUAAGACUUUUUUUGAUAAAAGCAAGAAACACAGUGAAGACACGAUAAUAACAAACUAAUGACCAAAAACUGACGUAUAUUUAUUUAUUCAUGAAUGACCGGACCUAAGCAUAUGUGAGAUAAAGGCGAAAGAGCAGCGUAAACUUAAAUUAAAAAACAAACAAAACAAUUUUACGAACUGAGAAUCUACGUAGAAUGUACUGUGAGAGCGGGUGAAAAUACACAAGUGAAUAAAAACAACAGAGAAAACCCCAAGCAA